GCUCCCUCCACCGGAGAAGACAGACCAGCAGACACCUCCUCCUCCUCUUCUUUCACUCCAUCAUCGCAAUGACCAUGAUGUUCUCCUCCUCCUCCUCACGGAGCUCCAUGAUGGGCGGUGGCGGCGGCCUGGGCCGAGCAUCCUUUGGCGGGGGCAAUAGCUCGUUCAGCAUGGUAGGAGGAGCAGGAGGCGGUGGUGUUAGGAUCUCCCAGGCCAGCAGGAGCUUCUCUGCCGGUGUCGGCGGCGGCAGCUUUGGCUUUGGUGGUGGAGCAGGCGCAGGAUUCGGAGGUGGCGCAGGAUUCGGAGGUGGCGCAGGAUUCGGAGGUGGCGCAGGAUUCGGAGCAGCAAUGGAUGACAGUCUCGUUGGCAACGAGAAGUUCACCAUGCAGAACCUGAACGACCGCCUGGCCACCUACCUGGCCAAGGUGUCUGCGCUGGAGAAGGCCAACGCCGAGCUGGAGCUGAAGAUCAAACAGUUUGUGGAGACCAAGGUCGGCCCCACCACCAGGGACCACAGCGCCUUCUUCGUCACCGUCGCAGAGCUGCAGGGCAAGAUCCAGGACGCCAUCAUUGCCAAAGGAACCGUCCUUCUGAGCAUCGACAACGCCAAACUGGCUCAGGACGACUUCAGGGUCAAGUAUGAGAACGAGCUAUCCAUGCGUCAGUCGGUGGAGGCCGACAUCGCCGGGCUGAAGAUGCUGCUGGGAGAACUGGGUGUGGCCAAGACCGACCUGAGCAUGCAGAUCGAAAGUCUGAAGGACGAGCUGGUGUCCAUGAAGAAGAACCACGAGGAGGACCUGAUGUCCAUGCGAUCUCAGAUGAGCGGUCAAGUGAACGUGGAGGUGGACGCCGCUCCUCAGGAGGACCUCACCAAGGUCAUGGAGGAGAUCAGAGAGCACUACGAAGGUGUCACCGCCAAGAACCGCAGAGACCUGGAGUCCUGGUUCCAGAACAAGUCGGAGGUCCUCAGUAAGGAGGUGGCGACCGCAGAGAUGACGCUGAAGUCGACGACCUCGGAGGUGAAGGAGGUGAAGAGUCAGCUUCAGGCUCUGGAGAUCGAGCUCCAAUCACAGCUCAGCAUGAAAAUGUCUCUUGAAGCCUCACUGGCUGACACCCAGAGCCGCUACGCCAUGCAGAUGAACGGAUUCCAGAUGCAGGUGAGCAGUUUGGAGGAGCAGCUGGUGCAGCUGAGGGCCGACCUGGAGAGGCAGGGACAGGAGUACCAGAUGCUGCUGGACAUCAAGACCAGACUGGAGAUGGAGAUCGCCGAGUACAGGAGGCUGCUGGACGGAGAGGGAGUCGGAUCUUCCCUCUCCACCUCCUCCUCCUCCUCCACCACCACCACCACCGUCAUCACAAAGGUCAUCGAGGAGACGAUCUGAGACCAAUCACACGUCUGUCUGACCCGGGGCGGAGUCACACCUUAACCUAUCACGUGUCUGCACGCUGAGUCAUCACUUCCCUCUGGUUUCCUGCUGUAACCUGACCCAGGCUCGGUCGCAGGCGGUGGAGCUGUGAGGGGAAACUUUGGUCUGGGAUCAGCUUCACUUCUGAUGCUUCAAAGAAUAAAA